UACCUAUCCAACCGCCAUGCUCAAUUCAUUUCUUCCCUUUCCAUCGCUCGCCCAACACUUUUUAGCGAGUCUGCCACGCUCCCAGCGAUAUCGGCAGCCGCCACCAACUAUCAAGCACAAUGGGCAACGAACACAGCAAAUCGUCCGGACCACGGCCACUACCUACUGCAACAGAGGCCGAAGCCCCACCGACCUAUGAGGAAGCGGUUCUAGCGGGAGACGCACCCGGCGCUUCCACGUCGACGGUUACCAGCCUAGAUCCCCUCGUGGCAGCUCUCCUCCACAACAAGGCACGCAGUCCCAUGUACCGUUUGCCAUCACCCAUCCUGAACCAGAUCGUCAAGCUUUUGGACGUUGAGACCCGCUCGCGUUUGCGCCACACCUCAAGCCUCUUCUUCAAUUUUGCAACGCAGCUGGCAAAGCCAGUCCAGCCAGCAGCGCCGGCACAAAACGGGUCUUUUGCGAGCGUUUACAAAAGAUUGCCGAACCUCUGCACCAUCUGUACGCUCGCGACCUUCCAACCCGACUUCGAGAAAAGGUGCGCCGCCGCGUUCGAGACUUAUCUCUACUGCAACUGGUGCGGGCUGGAGCACCAGGCCUGGCUUUUCUCCCCGGCGCAGCGCAACGUGGAUUUCGACAGCGUUCAAAGGAGAUGGUGCAUCGCGUUUGAGGGUCGACUACGGCUUUGUGCUCACAAGGCGGUCCAACUUGGGGAGCUUGGUUCCGUGGGACGGGUGCCACCGCCGGAGCCGGGAUCAGACAUAACCAAUAUCCGCACACUGGUGUCGUGCAGCCACCCCAGCCAUAAAACCACGUGCUGCGGCUCCGAACCCAUGGUGGAGGAAAGGGUGCAUGCCGAUGGCCGAAGAGACCUGAUUUGGAGAUGGUAUACAAAUAUACCAACAUUACCAGACCGCGAGCCGACGGCACGGCAUCUCCGACAUCAGCUGGGGGAAAUGCGUCGAACUGUCGGAGGGUAUAUUGUACCUCCAAACACGCCUGGCGAUCUCCCGGAGCUGCGUUGCAUCGACCCCCGCAAUUGCGGAUGCGUCCGAUAUGAAGGCUCGGAGCUUCUUCCUCCUGAAGGUGUCCCUGCGUGGUGGCGGCAACGCAACUGCAAACCAGCCCCCCAGACGACUUCUGGUUCGAUACGCGAGGCGCUGCCUUUUGCCAAAACUCACAAAGCCAUUGCUUCGACAUCUAGGUCGAAGAAAGCUCUGACUAGGUAUGUGGUAUUUGACCCAUGUCCGAAAACUUCGAACCGCGGUUUUUCGUGUAUUAGUGUCGAAUGGGCGGCGAGGUUUCCUGUUUCUCGAAACUUUGAGUCCUGGAUGUACGACUGGUGCGCCGCCCUCGACCCGAGCUCGUACGGCGGCUGCAUCACCAACGAUUCCGACUUUCGGAAUAUCACAUGGUGCAUCUCGCCCGGCUGCAUGAACUAUUUACGGUCGGAUUGGAGGUUCAGGAAGCCUCGGUGGCAAGAGCAUAGCAGGGGCUAGCUGCGGCCGUGGAGGGGGAAAUGGAAAGUGAGCGCACCUUUGCGGACGUGGCUAGCCUUGCCUGUAACGAAUGGAGGAAUGUUGUUUGGUUAUCACAAAGGAGGUGGGGCCGUACAGUCCUGGGUAAGCGUGUAUGGAGCCCAGAGAGUCUCCUACCCUCCAUAGCCUUACCAGCCUAUAGAACUCGCCCAAGCUGAUGGCGAUGACCUCGGACGGCA